AUGUCCCUCGGAAAAUUCCCGUCCAGGCUAGACACGCGGGUUCCUGUUGUGCAAGUUCUUCCGUUGAGCAGGCCAAGGGAUGCAACCGGUGAAGCCGGCCAGGCAAGGUUCGUCCGGCCUCUGCGCCGGGAAAGUCUACCACAGCGGUCAUCGGUCCUGAACACAGCUCCUGUCACCGAAUCAAAACUCGAGUCUGCAGAGGAGGCCGCAAGUCGUGAGCACCUGAGCUUCGAAUGGGAGACCGAGACUUUAAUGGAUACGGCGAGCAACAGCGUUGAGGACAGCCCCAGAACACAGUAUCCCUGCCCGUUUAGGAAACGGAACCCGGUUAGAUUCAAUGUGCGUGAUCAUGGGCGCUGCGCGAACGCUCCGUUCAACUCCAUGUAUGAGCUGAGAUGCCAUCUCGUCUCACACCACAGACGCAAGAGACCCAGGUAUCACUGUCGACGCUGUCUUGCAGAAUUCGAAGCCGAGGCAGCGCUCGAGCGCCAUAUGAUGCUCCCCAGGGAUGAAAUGUGCGAAGUAAACCCCAAGCCUGCAUUAGGCGAUCCCGAGAAUGGGAUAACAGAGGAAACAGAAGAGGUACUAACUGCCGAUGGUACUACCUACGCGGAGGACUGGACCUGGGAGAGGAUAUGGCGGCUGCUAUUUCCUCAAGACACGGAGAUUCCGCAUUCUGACUUUCAGCCUGUUAUCGAACUCGCCGAGGUCGAUCACGUAUUCGACCAGGGACAGGAGGCACUGAAGGCGAGUCUACGAGAAAAAUUGCGGCUCCUGCUCCCAGACACCAUCGAUGAUCAUUACUGCAGUUUCGUUACCGGCCAACUGGACUUGAUUUUUGAGACUCACCGCGCUGAUAUGAUGCGGAAAUCCUUGGCGCUCUGCGGCUCGACAUCGGCUGGGGAAUCCGUUCCAAUACCACCAAGGCGACCAAACCGUAGAUCAAGAAGAAGCACCUUGCUUCAACCUGGCGGUAUACCACACCGCAGUCAUCCAGUCGCACCGGACCAGACAUUAGCAGCUGUCGAAGAGACCAGAGCAAGUGUCACGAGACGCCACGGAAUUGCAUCCUUCAUCCCCGUCACGCUCAAAACCGGAAAGCAGCCCCCUGCACAUCACCAUGGAACGGGCACAGCACCAUUAUCCAGCAUACAACACCCCUUUGGGGAAGCAAGACCGUCGCUCCCCCCCGCCGAUCUCGAGACCACUACGACCCUCCCCCGCGACCCCCGCGAUUCAGGGAUUGGAAUGCCUUGCGACAUAUGCGAGUGCGAACCAGACCAGUGCAAGUGCAGAAGCAGCAGCGGCAGCAGCAGCAGCAGUACCGCUCUCUGCCGCUUACAGCAACUUGGCAAAGAGCAGCACACCGUCGAGUCUGAGCCGAAGCGAGGGAGCUCCGAAUUGUCGGAAUAUGUUUCUCCUACGGGUAGCAGCACGCGGAGUUUGCCUUCCCCAGGACAGGUGGCUCUUGCUGCUCGACAGGAGUUGCGCGCUUACAAGCCUACGCUGAGGGUCAAUACCAGGGUACUGGAUGGCUCUGCUACUGAGGAUGGGUUUGGGACAGUCAUGGAUGGGUGUGGGCAUGGGGAUGGAGAUGUAUGUGCUGGUGGGGGUGAGCGCGGGUUUUUCUCGCCGCAGUCAUUCAAGCAGCGGGUUUUGAGACAGCAGUUGAUGGGCAAUUAG